AGUCUCUGUAACCCUCUACAGAACGAACAGUGAUGGGUCUGCUGAACACAGAGAGUACGGUUGUGAACUGAUGGUGUUCUGUGGUGCCAGUGAAGUAACUGCAGCAAGUGUCUGAGUGUCUCACCAUUCCAGUUGGUCAAGGUCACUUGGAUGUCAGCAUGGCAGCCACAAACCUGGAGAACCAGCUGCACAGUGCACAAAAGAACCUGCUCUUCCUUCAGCGGGAGCACGCCAGCACACUCAAGGGGCUACAUGCUGAGAUCCGGAGGCUGCAGCAGCACUGCACAGAUCUAACAUAUGAGCUGACACUCAAAAGUUUUGAACUGACAGGAGAUGGCUCUUCUAGAACGACGGAGCUGAAGAGGCGCUGUGAAGAGCUGGAGGCCCAGCUGAAGGCCAAGGAGGAAGAAAACCGCAAGUUACUGCAAGAACUGGAACAGAAGAACGCUGCCAUCGCUGUGCUGGAGAAUACAGUCCGGGAGAGAGAGAAGAAGUACCUGGAGGAGCUGAAGGUGAAGAGCCACAAGUUGAGCAUGCUGUCUGGUGAGUUAGAGCAGCGCGCCAGCACUGUGGCCUACCUCACUUCACAGCUACAUGCAGCCAAGAAAAAGCUACUGAGCUCUAGCGGCACCUCUGAUGCCAGCCCAGCCGGCAGCCCUGCACUGGCCAGCUAUAAGCCCACACCUCCCAAGGACAAGCUGCCUGAGACACCCCGUCGCCGCAUGAAGAAGAGCCUGUCGGCCCCACUGCAUCCUGAGUUUGAGGAGGUCUACAGGUUCGGAGGCGAGAGCCGCAAACUCCUCCUGCGGGAGCCGGUAGAUGCAAUGCCUGAUCCCACCCCGUUCCUGCUGGCCCGGGAGUCUGCUGAGGUCCAGCUCAAAGAGCGGCCUCUUGUCAUACCUCCUAUCGCCUCAGACCGUGGCGCCAGUGGGCAACAUAGCCCAGCACGAGACAAGCCACACAAGACCCACAUCGGGGUGGCUCAUCGCAUCCAUCAUGCCAGUCCACCACAGGCCCAGCCUGAGGGGGAGACCAGGGCCGUGGACCAAGUGAACACAGGGAAGGUGGUGCGGAAGCACUCAGGGACAGACCGAACUGUGUGAAGCCUGCGGCCACCACCGCAGCCAUCCGUGCACUGUGAGCGCCACAGGGAACCUCACCCACACCUUCCUCACCCCACCCAAGCCAAAUGUUUCCUACCAUCGCAGCCUGGCUCCUGGUCCCAUAGUAACACACUGCUAUGAUGGUGUCCCCUCUGAAGAUAUUUACUGGCACUGUGGCCAAUGCCUGCAUGCCAAUAGCUUGCUUCUAGCCCAUCAGCACACUCCUAGAUAAGGCCUAGGCCAUGGCUGCAUCACAUGCCACACUCAGAAUCAGAACUGCUUGAAAUCAAAGCAUAUAAGGACCCGCCCCUCCCAAUAUCCAGGGCAGCCUAUGAGAGCAGAGCAGAGCAGAGCAGAGCUUCUCCCUCCUGGAGACUCGUACCUUCCCAUAGCCCCUUUGCUGAGCAGCUGUAUGUCACAUGAUCUAAGCAAGAUGACCUCACCCCUCAUACUAUCCCAACCUGAAUGUGUAUUUCUGUUAAGUUUUUUGUUAGUUUCAUCCAAAUGUUCAGGAUCCAACAAAUGUUACUUUCUAAACCCACCCUCCUUCUCCUCUGUGUCUUUUUGAAGCACGAGGGACUGUGGAGGAAGUGGGAGGGAAGGACUAGCAGGUGGGGGUGGGAUACUUGCAGCCCCAAGUGCUUGCUGAGAUGUUGGUGCUCCUGCAUUUCUGGCAGAAGCUGCUUUCUGUCCUGCCUGGGCUCCACACUGCCUCCUUCUCCCCAGCUGGCCAGGCCAGCCUCACAGUAUAAGAGAGGCAGCCAGUAGCCAUUCAUCCCCAAGCCAAACAAAGGCCCUGGGAGAGGAGGAGUCUGGAACUUAGGAAGGAACUGAAUACUUGACCCAGAAUAGGAGGUCUGCCCCAGCAGCCUCAGCCUCCUGUGUUCUUGCCAGCAAAGGGCACAUGCUGGAGCAGAGACAGGUAGAGCCCCACACCAGUGGCUUAAUAGGAAUGAAGAGAGACUGCACUUGCCUUAAAACUUGCACUGGCGUGUGCUGGGUCCAGAAUUCUCAAAAAGAAGAUCGAGAAGCAAAACCAAGGCUAGAGAGAUGCUGCUGCCCAAAGAUUACAGCAACCACAUGGCGGCUCACAAUUGGCUGUAACUCCAGGGACUCCGACACCUCACAUGUGGUGCACGUAUAUUCAGGCAGGCUCACACACAUACACAGAAAUAAAAUCAUAAAAACAAAA